AAAUUUAACGCCAAUAAAUCCCACAGUUUCACUUCCAUAAUUCAAUUAGUACUCCUUUUUAUAGAGAGAGAGGGAGAGAGAAACAGAAGGUCUGAGAAUGAGCGCGCAGGACAUCGAGGGGAAGGGUUCAGCAGCAGAAACCUCGUACGCGGUCGAAGAGAGGGAGAGGAGCUGGAUAUCGUGGCUGAUUCCGGUGUUCGUGCUUGCCAACGUCGCCAUGUUUGUCAUCCUCAUGUAUUUCAACAACUGCCCCAAGCAUAUCAGAAGCAGGGGAGAUGACGACAAGUGCGUCGCCCGCUUCCUUUCCCGCUUCUCCUUUCAGCCUCUCUCACAGAAUCCUCUGUUCGGCCCUUCUUCUUCCACGUUGGAGAGAUUGGGGGGUCUUAGCUGGGAGAAGGUGGUGCAUAAGCAUCAAGGCUGGAGGCUUAUCUCCUGUAUCUGGCUACAUGCUGGUCUACUACAUUUGCUUGCCAAUAUGCUCAGCCUCGUCUUCAUCGGCAUACGCCUCGAGCAGAACUUCGGAUUUGUACGCAUUGGCACAAUCUAUCUGUUAUCUGGAUUUGGUGGGAGUGUGCUUUCUGCUCUUUUCAUAAGGAAUAGUAUCUCUGUUGGUGCAUCUGGUGCACUUUUUGGGCUUCUCGGAGCAAUGCUUUCUGAGCUGAUUACAAACUGGUCUAUAUAUACGAACAAGGUUGCAGCACUGUUGACGCUUAUAGUGAUAGUGGUGAUCAAUCUAGGCGUUGGGAUUCUUCCUCACGUUGAUAACUUUGCUCAUAUCGGUGGAUUCCUGACGGGCGUUCUCCUUGGAUUCAUCCUCCUUCCUCGUCCUCAGUUCGCGUGGCUAGAACGCCACAACCCUGCUGCUGGGAUUCGUGGCGUGGCGCCCAAAUAUAAGGGGUACCAGUAUGUGCUGCUCGUUGUGUCCGUGGGGCUGCUCAUCGUGGGGUUUAGUGUUGGAGUGGUGAUGUUGUUCCGAGGGGUGAAUGCGUACGAGCGAUGCCAUUGGUGCCGGUACGUUAGCUGCGUCCCAACCUCGAAAUGGAAGUGCGACAGCACUUGAUGUAGUCAUUUUAGAUGGGGACAUGUAUGCUAUGCUGUUUCUAAUUGUUAGUCUGUUUGGCAUAUUUGUUUCCCAGCCUUUUGUUUUUCCUUCAGACAUGGAUUAUAGCAUGCUUUUCUUGUGUUAAUUAAUUCAUUUUAGUUACAACUACACCUACA